UAAUUGAUCACAAUCAAAGCUAUUGUAACAUGUGUAUUUAUUAGAAGAAAAUUAUCCAUGCUUCCAUACAUGUAUUUUAUGUAUCCAAAGCGAUACAAGUUUUGUUUGAAUCUAGUUUGAAUACUUUUUAUUGGAAUUUGUUUUCCGGUUUCGCAUGACGUUUCCCGCGCAUAUGUUGUGAUAUGUGAAUUACGGUGAUUCGUACUGAAAUCAAGAAAUUACAGAGGAAGUACUGAACAUAAUUAAACUGUUAUGCAGAGGUUUAAAAAGUUAAAAUGUACGUGAGAUUUUUCUAUAAUACAUUGAAUUAUUAAUACAUUAAUGAGAAAUUCGUAACAGUACGGGAGGCAUACUUCUUUCAGUGCUAAUCGAAGAGGUGUUAAGGAAUUCUAAUAUGAAAACGAAGAACUUUGUUUGUGAUGAUGAAAGUGCAGUUGCUAGUAAAGAUGAUGAAUUACAACCCAGGAAAAAAUUAAAACAAGCACGACUACCAUUUCAGACCCUAGGUUCAGGGGUGGAGUCUUCAUCACCACUUCUAAAGAACAGGAAUAAAAGAAAACUUAGUGACUCAACAGAUGAUACGAAGAUUAUCAAAAUCAUACGACCAAAUGAUUCAGGCCAACUUGGUGAAACAAAAGAAAAUGUUUGUUCACAUGUUCUUUCAGAUGACUUUAAGAAAUCAUCUGAUACUGCAAGCAAAACAUUAUCCAAUCCAUGUGCUGGAAAAGAAGUUAAGGGACAUAUUAAUGAUUCUGUCGAAACAUCAAAAAUAUCUAAAAUAGUUAUUGGUAUAGAUGAGAAUGAUAGUGUGGAUGUUAUUAAUGGAUCACAUUCAAAGAUUGAAAUUGAUAGGAAUGUGAAAAAUGACAGCACUGAGGAAGAAGAAUUUAAGAUUUCAUACAAAGAGUGUUCAGGUGGUGAUAUUAAUCCAGAUGUGAUUAUCCUUAGUGAUAGUGAGGAUAAUGUAGUAAAGAAAGAUUUGACUAGCAGCAGUUACAGGAUCAUGCCAACAAAGGCACAGAACAGUUUUUCUGAGAAUGACACUGCAGACAAUAAGCAGAAUGUUAGUUAUUCUUCUCCUACUACAGACAGUGAACAGAGUGAUGCUGAGAACAGUCCUACUGUAUUAAAAAGUUUCACAGAUGAAUCAGUAAAAUUUAAGAAAGAAAUAUCCCCUUCAAAGCCAUGUGCUACGAACAGUAAAUCAGACAUCCCUAAUCAGUUGUCACCAAAACCUGUAGAUAUUAAGUCUGUGAAAUGUGUGCCAUAUGAUAUAAGAACACCAAAAUUAUCAUCACCUCAGUGUUCUGUUUCUGAAACAAGUUCCAAGAGGAAUACCACAGAUGUUGGAAGAACAUCAAAUACUUCACUUCAGAAUUUACUUUGUGAUGAUAAUUCUGAGGAAUGUAAUUUCGACAGUGAAACAUCUCCUGUUUCUAGUAUAGGUUCUGCACAGAAAAUCAGGAAUUUGACUCCGAAACAAUUAUUAAAACAGCUUAGAUCUGCAAAAAAGAAGGAAGAGAAAGAGAGGCAGCGACAGGAACGAGAGCAAAAGAAGGCUGAAGAGAAGGAGGAACGUGAAAAAAAGAGGGCUGAAGAAAAAGAAGAGAAACUGAGGCAAAAAUUGGAGAAAGAAGAGCAAAAGAAGAAAGAAAAAGAGGAAAAAGAAGAACAGAGAAGGAAAGAAAAAGAAGAAAGAGAAGAGAUAAAGAAAAAAGAAAAAGAGGAGAAGGAAAGGAAAAAGCAAGUUGAAUUGGAGAUAAAGAAUGAAGAAAAGAGGGCCAAAGACGAGGAGAAACGAAAGAAAGAAGAUAAAAGGCAAGCAGAGAUAGCAGCAUUCACUAGUUUCUUUCUUCCCAAGAAAGCUGAGACAAAACCAGUUGAGGAGCCAAAAGCCAAAGCUGAAGAAAAUUUUAUGCCCUUUGAGGUUAAAGCUGACAUGAGACUAGCUCCCAGUACUCGAACAAAACUAACUGUGGAGCUCAAACAGUCAUUGGAUCAGUGUAUUGAAAGCCAGUCAGAAGAUCAGCUAUAUCUUGAUGAAAUUAGAAGUAAAAAGAUUGUCCCACAAACCAGGACCUCUACUUGGGCUGUCAGUGACUUCAAAGAUGAUGUUGUAAUUUUGGAUGAUUAUGAUAUAUCUAGUAGUGUGACAGACAGCGGUUUUGAAUUGUAUCCUACUGCCGAUAAACUGCCACAUCCAAAAUUGCUCCAGUUCUGGGAGAAUCGUCGUCCACCAUAUUGGGGCACGUGGCGCAAGAAAAGCCAGAGUAUCGGACCUAAGAAUCCAUUUAGCAGGGAUGAAAAGUUCUUUGAUUAUGAAGUAGAUUCAGAUGAUGAAUGGGAAGAAGAAGAGCCUGGUGAAUCUCUUCAUGGUUCUGAUGAUGAGAAGGAAUCUGAAGAUGAAUAUGAAGUUGACAAUGAAUUCUUUGUGCCUCAUGGUUACUUGAGUGAUGAGGAAAAUGAUGGUCAAAAGGAUGAAGAUCAUUCUCCCGAGUCAUUAAAGAUAAAACUAAAGGUCUUGGAAUUGGAAUUUGAAGAAGAAAUGAAGCAAAAGACUGAACGCCUCAAACCUCGUCUGUUUGGUUGUGUCUGGGUUGACUCCAAAACUUCUGAGUGUGCUGACAGCCAACUCUUGAAACUGCUGAGCCAAUACCGAGCAGUGUAUCGGGAUGGUCCGAUUGUCACGUCUGCUCCUGAUCUAGCCAGUGUAACAGGAAGUCCUGAAUCCAGUAAUCUGGUAUCAAGUCCAACAACUCCAUCACUAAAGAAGAAGAAGUUCCCUGAAGCAGCAAUUCCUGCGCUAAUCAAACUUAUUCAUGGGAAUAUCAAUAAACGUGAGUUUUUGGCAAAAGAGUUCUUGGCAUAUUGGAAUGGGGAGCAGCAAAGAUCAAUAGAAGGAUCAGUGGAAGGGACUGUAUCAGUGUCAUCUUUUGAUAUCUUUAAGAAGAGUGUCUCAAAUAAGAUUAAAGAACUAGCUACGUGGAUAGCGUGUCCUGAUACAGGUCCGAUGAGUGGUCGUAUGUGCUGGUAUGUUCUUCCAGAAACACGCUUAGCCCACGGACUUCCUGAUAUCAUUCUUCCAAACUCGUGGAAUUACACUUUUAAACCAAAAAGACGCGAAAGUGAUAUCCAGAUUCCCUCUACAUCUACAGCACUUAAUAGUGAAUCAAACUCGAAACACCUAAUUACAAAGUUUACGAAGAAAAUGUCGGAAGUGGAGCGUAAAAAGCAGUUCAAAACUGCUCUGUCAGUAGAGGACACGAUAGACAAGAGACAAGGCGAUGGUAGUUCUCAGCGUGGUCACAAGUUUCAGAAAAAGUUACAGUUUAAGUCAUCCACUAAAUCAGCCACAUUGUUCAACAGCGAUGAGCAGCAUAAAAGGAAGGUACCAGUUCAGUUGUCUAUCCCAAAGGAUCAGGAGUUGUCCAAAGUACGCGAGAAUUCACUUACAACAUUAAUAAAACCACAAAAUAAUAUUCCAAUCGAAGGGAACAAAUUUGUUCAGAGUUUUCUAAACGCUGUUCCGAAUACUGAAAACACUGGAGGGGAAGAGUGCAUUGUUUUAAGCGAUUAAAUUGUAAGGAACUAUAAUUAAAACCAGUUUUCUUAAAAUGUUUGUUGAUUGCUUUAUUAGAAUAACAUAAUGAACGCUUUAGUAUAUUUUCAUUCUGUCUUAUGUAUGGCAAUAAUUUUUGAAGUUGUCACCACGAGUAUGUGAAAGAAUUGAUUAAAUUGACUAAUUCUUUA